UAAUGCUGCUACACAAUACGUUUAUACAGAUAAACGUAAAAAUUUACGCUUGUCUGAAACUACGAGUUUCACAAAUAGCGAUUGUUGAUAACAUACCCAAUACAUAAACAUAUAACACGUGUGCUUUGAUCGCGAUGUAUUUACAAACACGAAGUUUAUUACGCGCAGACUUUGAUAUUAUCACAGGAACUUUAUAUCACAGGCUAUACAGGUACUUCACUUUUCACAGGUAAUAAUAUCAACUAACAUGUCGGUAUAUGUGUGACAGGUAAACUCAUGUCGCUCUCAAGGUUUAAAGUGUACGAGUGCACAAACUGGAGUAAAGCCCGAAGAACUGCGGCGUGAGGAAAAAACACUACUACGCGUGCGCGUGCCUCGACCAACAGCUCAAGUUAUACGAUUGCAAGAAGGGGAUGAACGAUAUUUCGAGUUCUGCAGUCAAAUAUAUGAUGCUCCAGAACGAGAUGCGAUAUUUUAAAUUGAAUCGGAUCUUAUUACUCAUACUUGGUUUAUGGCCUUAUCAAGAUUCAAAAAGUGCUCGACUUCGAAUAACUUUAAUCUUUAGCAUCCUGAUGAGUUCUAUUCUAUUUCAGCUUCGAGUGUUUAUGACUGAUGACGUUACAUCUAAUUUAAUUAUUAAGGUUCUCUCUGCUACAUUAUGUCACAUUAUCACUGGAAUUCAAUAUAUUUCGUUUUGGAUUAACAUGAAAACUGUAAGGUGGUCAAUAGAGUACUUGCGGCAUAUAUGUAACAAUUUAAAGGACGAGAAUGAAAUCGCCAUCAUAGAAAUUUACAGUCGCAACAUGAGACGUUAUACGCUUGGUCUUACGUUGUUUGGUGUAUGCUGUAUGCUUGUCCUUAUUGUCGGGUCAAUAUUGGGACAGAAUAAUGACAUUUUCUUGUUUACGAAUGGGUCUCGACCAUAUCGUGUAUGGAUGAUAAUCGACUACUUUGUCGAUCGGAAAAAAAAUUUAUGCAUGAUUUUGCUGCACACGAAUGUAACUAUAUGUAUAGGGCUGACCAUAAUAUUAGCAACUGGUACUAUGCUCUUAGGACAUCUCCAAUAUGUCUGCGGAAUGUUUAGUAUCGCCAGUUAUCGUAUCAGCCAAGCGAUAAAUAUCGAUCAGAAAGCUCAAAACGAUAUCAAUCUGAAGAAUGAAAUUAUGAUUUAUAAGGAGAUCAUUUGCGCCGUGGAUAUUCAUCGUAAAGCUAUGGAGUACUCUACGUUUCUCAUAAACAAUUUUGAGGGAACAUUCUUCUUUCUGAUAAUACUCGGCGUCACUUCCUUGAGUUUCAAUCUUUAUCGUAUUUUUCAGAUUACUUCGAUUGAAUAUGAUGUCAAAGAAUUGUUACUGCAUCUAACAUAUCUGAACAUUAUCCUUUUGUAUAUGUUUUUAUCGAACUACAUCGGACAACAAGUUACAGAUCACUAUAAUUAUAUAUUUCUUACUGCAUAUAGCGUUCAAUGGUAUGUGACACCUUUAACUAUACAGAAAUUGUUAGUGCUGCUAUUACAGAGGGGAAACAAGAAUUUCGCCUUAAUUAUCGGUAGAUUGUUUGCAGCAUCUUUAGAAUGUUUUGCUACGUUGUCGAGCGCGUCGAUGUCUUACUUUACCGUUAUGUAUUCUGUACAAUAAUGGAGUUGAGAUUCAACUUCAAUAGCAAAAAGUAGAAAAAAAGGAUAGAACAGAAAACACUUUUUCACUUCGCGCAUUGAAGGUCGCCUUUCAUAGUAUGUCGGAAGUAUAUCAGCAACUGGAGGUCCAAUAACACAAAUAAUAUCUAAUUGCAAGUAAUAGCUGUGAAUGUUUUGUUCACCGAUAGCUUUUGAUAUUAUAGAAGCAAGGAGAUCUCUUAGAAAAUCUGUCUAGUAGAAACGAUAGCUAGAAACGUGGCAUGUAAUAUAGCUUCAAACAUUAAUGACUGCAGAGUACACGCUUGAUUUGAUUACUAAAGUGCUCUCUAUCGUAUCGUGUCACAUUAUCGGCGGAAUUCAAUAUAUUUCGUUUUGGGUUAACAUCAAAACUGUAAGCUGCACCUUUGCUGUGUGCGUUAUAAUGACUCAUAGAGUUUUAAGUAGGACUAUGUAAUUAGUAUAAGCAUGUCCACGUUCUCGCAUUCGAAUUAUAUCUCAAUUGUGCUAAUUCCGAUAUUCUAUACUUUCGUGCAAUUAUCAUCUGUAAUUACCUGUACAAAUCCCUAUUUGUAUAAACCAUGGCUACUGUCAUUAAAAAUAUGUAGAAACGUCACCAAUUGAUAAUAUGACAGGUGAGGUGUUUAUUGGAGUAUAUCUGGCACAUGUGUUUAAAAGACGAGAACGAAAUCGCUAUUAUAGAAAGUUGCAAUCGUAUCACAAGACGUUACACGAUUAGUCUCUUAAGUAAGAUUUUUUUACUCUUAUCACAGGCUGCAAAAUGAAAUAGUUUGUAGAAUAAUUAAUAGCUCGAAAAAUUGAGAUAUAACUAUUCAUACGGCUGCCUCUUUGAACACUUUUAGUGGCCGGCAUACUGUGUGAUUUUUUUUAUUUCUCAAUCAAUAUGGACACAGAAUCCACAACGCACUAUGCAGAUGCUCACCGACUAUCUGACUAAUCGAGAGAAAGAUUUGUGUCUAAUUCUACUGCACAUGUCUGUGAGCGCUUGUAUCACGAUAUAUGUAACAAUAGCGACUGGUACUUUAAUCAUAGGAUACCUCGUGUACACAUGCGGAUUGUUUGACAUCGCAAGUUAUCGUAUGAAGCGAGCAUUCAACACGAGUGAUAAAGAUUACAUCAGCCCGAAAAAUGAGAUUAUGAUUCGGAGGGAGAUCAUUUAUGCUGUGGAUAUACAUCGCAAAGCUAUGGAAUAUAACGUUCGCUGGUAUAUGGCAUCUCUACCAGUGCAGCGGUUG